GCCUCUGCGGGUACGACUUUCCGAGGUUGGGCUUCCUGUCUAACUCGAUCGCAAUCGAGAGGUUAAAAAAAAUCAACAUGGCGACCAUGUGGUAAAGUUAACUACAUAUUUCGGAAAAUAUUCAAAUGUCUUCGCUAGCUGAAUAACUUUGCUUUUUAAAGAAACCCUCCAUAGAAAAAAAAAAUUUAGGACUUCUUUUUGAGUGAAUCGUCGUUGAAAUCUGUACGUGAAAAUGGCAGACAGACGGUUUGCACGUGUUGCAAAUGACCCUCGGUUCAAGAGAGUUCCUCGAAAACACAGAAAAGUAAAGAUUGACUCGAGAUUUCAGCGAAUGUUCACUGACAAAAAGUUUACUACAAAAUAUAAAAAAAACAAAAGGGGUGCAGCAUUGGGCAAAACAACAAAAGAAGACUUACAUCAAAAAAAUGAUCUUUCUGAUGAGGAAGUCAACAAUGAAUUUCCAGAGCAAAAACAAAAAAAACAGGUGGAUUGUGAUAUCAAAUUUACUGGAAAAGAGCCAGAGAAAACCAGCGCCAGUAUCAAGAAAAAAAAGAUAAAAGGAAAAAAGUUAAAAAAGAAAACUGAAAGCAAAGAGCUAAAAAAAAAUCCUCAAUCAGAUGAAGAAAAUGAUCUGCACGAUACUGAAAAUAAUAAUGCUAUGGAUUUAGCUAGGGGUGAAGGAAAUAUAGAAUCAUCAUCAGAUAGUGAUAGUGAUGAUGAUAACCCUUCCUCUUCUCAAAUCAUUCAAAAUGAACAACAAAAUACAACAGAGAAAAGUAAAGAUUUAGAAGACUCUGAUGCUGAUAGUGAUAUUAGUGAUCAAGAGAAUACGAUUGAUCAUCAGUGGGCUGAGCUGGACAGUAAUGUCAAAACAAACAGUAACACAUCUAGGCGACUGGCUGUUUGUAACUUGGAUUGGGAUAGAAUACAGGCCAAUGACCUAUUUGUUUUGUUCAGUUCAUUGAAGACCAAAGGAAUUGUUAAAUCAGUGAAGAUAUAUCCCUCAGAAUAUGGCUUGAAGAGAUUACAAAAUGAAGAAUGUUAUGGUCCAGAGGAAAUUGUAGAGAAAAAAAUCGCCCAAGAUUGUGAUAACAAUAUUGAGGGAUCAAAAUUUUCAAGAGAAAAACUCCGUCAGUAUCAGAUAAAUAGAUUGAAGUAUUACUAUGCUGUGGUGGAUUGCGAUUCUAAAAAAAAGCAGUUUUAUAAGUUUAAAUUCAUCGAAAUAGUGUGCCAUCACUAUUUUCCAUUCAUUUCAGAGACUGCUAAUGAUAUUUACAAUGAAUACGAUGGAGUAGAGUUUGAACUGAGUGGUAAUUUACUUGAUUUGCGGUUCAUUCCUGAUGACAUGAUUAAAAAAAAUGAUCCUACAUCAGUUGCUACUGAAGUGCCAAGUCAAGCAUUGUAUCAACCUCCAGAGUUUGAGACAACUGCAUUACAUCAAACUAAUGUAAAGCUAACAUGAAAAAAAACAGAUAGUCAGAGACUCAAGACAACAAUGAGAGCAUUCAAUAAAGAUAAAAAAAAAAACAUGGACUUUGAAGCAUAUCUUGCUUCCUCAUCUGACGAGAAUGAAAAAAAAGAUGAAAAUGAUAAUAAUGAUGGUUAUGAUGACGAAGAUGAGAGUAUAAAAAAAUACAAGAAACUUGUCCAGGAGAUCGACACCAAAAACAAUCAAGAUAAAAAAAAUAAUGAAAUGGAGAUAACAUGGGAACCWGGUCUUAAGGAGUCAGCAGAAAAAAAUGUCAAAAAGAAAAAAACCGAAAAGGAAAUAAACAAGGCAACACCAUGGGAAAAAUACUUAAACAAAAAGAAAGAAAAAAGGAAAGAAAAACGUGCAAAGGAUAGGAAGCAAAAACGAGACAGGGUGGAAGGAUCAGAUGAAGACGAUGUUCCAGAAGGGGUAGAUAUGUCAGAUCCGUUUUUUAAUCAAGACUUUGGGCCCGACUUUAUUAAACAAAAAAGGACGGAUAAAAAAAUCAAACGUGUUAAAGAAACAGAAGAAGAUAAGAAACAAAAGGAUGAACUAGAACUGCUUCUCAUAAAAAAAGACGACGAUCGACAACAUUUUAGUUUAAAGGGUAUAAUUGAAAAUGAGAAAAAAAAGAAGAAAAGAAAGAAAAAACGCAAGGAAGAACCAAGAAAAGAAGAUAAAAAAAAUGUAAAUGUAGAUGACCCUCGAUUUUCUGCGUUAUACUCGUCACAUCUAAAAAAAAUCGAUCCUACAGAUCCACAAUACAAGUACGUUGAACUAAUAAUUAUGAAAAAAAUAAGACGCAAGUACGUUGAGCUAAUAAUUAUGUAA